UUUUGAAGGUGAAUGAAGUUAGUCUCCAUCUCCUACGAAUGCAGUGAGAUUGAGAAUCUAGCCAAUGAAAGAGACCGGCGCCGUACUGUUGGAAACUUGCAAGGUUUCUCUCCUGGCGGAGAGCUCCUCCCGAGCUGGCGAGGGCAAUAUUUAAAAGCAGCGGAUUGUUCCUCCCAUUCCCGAAUCGUGCUCAAGGACGGGCUUGUGGAUACCAGAGCCUUCUGGCGGCGGCUGCUGAAGUCGCAGCAUUUUUAGUCGGGUGAGAAUCGCCUUCCCUUUAAAGAUCCUGUUUAAACGUAUGCUGGCUGGAGGCCCGUGUUUUGCUGCUUAAUUGAGGACUUGGCAGGGUGGCCGACAAAAUGGAUGAGCAAAAGGAGAUUACGAGGUGGAAAUCCUUUCGUGCAAUGACCAAGCCCAUUCUGCAGAACAUGAAGGGCAAGAUGUCAAGCAAGGGUAAAGCAGGAAAGCAGCGGCACCUCUUGGACCAGCGGAUGAGCGUAUCAGAACCAGACAUGCUACAAGUGGGCAAGAACUUUAGCGAGAGCUGCCCACAUGCAGUCAUCCAGGCUCCCGCUGUCAAUUACUACAGCAGCCCGUCCACCCCAGUCAAGAAAACGGGCGAAAGUAAUGGACAGUCUGCUCUCCAAGAUGCUGCAGUACCAACAGGAGAGACUUGUCCGUCAACAAAUACCAGCACUGAGAAUGAAGCUUCUGGAUCAUCCACGAUGGUAAAGGAAUCCAAUGGAAAUAGCACCGAUGGCACACUGGAGAAGAACUUUGCGGAUGAUGCGAAAGAAGGGAACUCUGUGGAGGAACUCAGUGAAAGUACUGACCUGGAGUCUUCGCAAAAUUCAAUGUUCUUCGAGGAGCAGGUCUCAGAACAAUAUGAAGGGAAAAGUGGUGAUCUGUCAUCACUCCGUAUUCCCUCGUACCUCCUGACGAUUCACCUGAAGGAAGGAAGGAACCUUGUGAUCCGGGAUCGCUGCGGUACAAGCGAUCCCUACGUCAAGUUUAAACUUGCUGGGAAGACUUUGUACAAGAGCAAGAUUGUUUAUAAGAACUUAAACCCUCGAUGGGAUGAAACAUUUGUAGUUCCAGUCAAGAACUUAAAUCAAAAGCUUUAUGUCAAGGUGUAUGACCGAGACUUGGCCACGGAUGAUUUCAUGGGCUCUGCGUAUCUCAGUCUGAAUGAUCUUGAAAUAAACAGUGUUGUGCAGAAGGAGCUGCAGCUUGAUGAUCCAAAUAGCCUGGAAGACUACAUGGGGGAAAUAGUCCUGGAGAUAAAGCUGAUCAAUAAGCCAAGAGAAAGCAUCAAAAAAUCUAAUCAAGCCAGGAAGAAGCGGGGGACAUCCACAAAGGCUAACUUCAUCCAGAGCAUCUGCUUGUCCGAUUCCCUUCGGAAGAGCCAGCUGUGGAACGAGGUUGUCGGCAUCACCCUCUUUGAGGGGAAGGGCCUCCACGAGAAGGCAGUUGAAGAAUUUUACGUUAGGUUCAGACUCGGGGAUGAAAAGUACACAAGCAAGGCCUUGUACAAAUCUGGAACCCUUCAAUGGAGAGAGAGGUUCCAUCUGCAUCUGUUCAAUGACAGGACAGGUAUUUUGGAAGUUGAAGUCUGUGGGAAGGACAGCAUGAAGCAGGAGGAAAGCUAUGGCGUAUGCAGGGUUGACCUUCUGACAUUACCUAAGGAACAGAAAAGCCAUUUGGAGCUUCCAUUGGAGAAUGGACAAGGAUCAGUCGUAUUACAGAUCACAUUUAUGGCUUGCAGUGGAGUCUCCAUCUCUGACCCCUGUGUCAGCCUGUUGAACGAUCAGACCGAGAGACAGCAGAUACUUCAGAGAUAUAGUCUGCGAAACACUUUCCAGGAUAUGAGUGACAUUGGCUUUCUUCAAGUUCAAGUGAUCAAAGCCUGUAACCUACCAGCUGCCGAUUUUGCAGGAAAAAGUGAUCCGUUUUGUGUUCUGGAGCUGGGAAACGAUCGACUACAAACACAUACCAUCUACAAGAAUCUCAAUCCUGAAUGGAACAAAGUUUUCUCAUUUAAUAUUAGGGACAUCCACGAUGUCCUGGAAGUUACGGUCUACGAUGAAGAUGGGGACAAGCCACCGGACUUCCUCGGCAAAGUUGCAAUACCUUUGCUCUCUGUCAGGAAUGGUCACAGGACUGGAUACGUACUGAAGAACAGGAAGCUGGGACAACGAGAAAAGGGAGUUCUUUACUUACAGAUGGACAUUAUCUCUAACCCGAUUAAAGCAAGCCUCAGAACUUUUAAACCAAAGGAAUCAAGGAAAUUAGAAGAAAACCCUAAAUUUUCAAAAAAGGUGUUAACCAGGAAUCUUAGACGAGUCCGGAAUAUCACCAGGACCUUAUGGAGCACAGUCUGUUAUGUCCAAAGCUGUUUUGAGUGGCAAUCUGUUCAGAGAAGUUUAAUAGCCUUCAUGCUGUAUUUGGUGAUUGUCUGGACGUUUGAGAUCUAUAUGCUCCCACUUGCACUCUUGUUGAUUUUUGCCUGGAACUACAUUCAGAUCGCCAGAGGAAAGGUUGUCAGUCAGCAGUACAUGGAAGAUGAAGAUGUGGACGUUGACGAUGAUGAUGAGGAUGACGAGAAGGACCCUGAAAGGAAAGGAUUAAUGGGCAAAAUCCACAAGGUUCAAGAUAUUGUCAUUAGCGUUCAGAAUAUCCUGGAUGAAAUAGCAUCGUUUGGUGAAAGAAUUAAAAACACAUUCAACUGGUCGGUCCCGUUCCUGGCCAAGUUGGGCUGCAUCGUGCUUGUGGUUUGCACAGUCGUGUUGUAUUUUGUCCCACUGAGGUACCUCUUGCUGACCUGGGGCAUACACAAAUUCACUAAGAAGCUAAGAAAUCCAUACAGCAUUGAUAAUAAUGAGCUACUUGACUUCCUCUCCAGAGUUCCAUCAGAUGUCCAAAAGGUGCAGCAUGCCGAGCUGAAACUGAGCAAUGGACUCGCUCCUGUUAGGAAGAAGAAAGGCAAUUCAUAGAUUGUGGAGCAGAUGUACUGGUGCUGCUUUGAUUGUUUGGCUGAGAGCAACAUCAAGAGUUCCCACUUCAGACUGUCCACUUUACAACUUUGCUGUAUGUGGGUACGAACAUCCAUUUAAUCAGCCGAAGUAUAAAAAAAGUGACUUUUGUAGAGCAUUCAAUGGAAAUAUGUGCAAUAUUUUGAAUUUAUUUGAAUAUAAACUGGAUCAGUUUAUGGUCUCUUGCAAUAUUUUGAUUUUCCUGUUUGUGCUUUCCUCAUUUCCUGGAAGAGUGGGGGUAGGCAGAUGUCCUUGUAGUUUCUGAUGGAACGCCCACUUUUUUGUUGUCCAUGGGAGGUUUAUUCUAUUAAAUUAAUCGAAUUCUGUGGAGAAUGAAGCACCUUCAGUCCAUCACAGUACUGGCCAGGUGGAGAGAGCAAAAUCUACCUCCUGAGAUGUUUGUGUUUAUCUGCUUCCCCUAAGUUCUUUUCAGCAUCUGCCCACCUUGUCCUUUUGCACCUGUGGGGUAAAAUUUGUCAGGAAGCAUUUUUAUCCUUCACUCAUUUUCCUUCUCCAAAUAGAUUAUCAAGUUAUUAAUCACCAUCGUGCUGCUGCCGGACAUCUGGUUUGUCCUGCUUUCCAAAUCCUUGCCUUAAUUCCCUUCUUUGCUUUUAUCCCUUGGAGAAUACGUGCUCAAAUCAUUGCUAACCAAGACUCUUCGGUCGAGGAUGGAGACUGAAUAGAUACUUUCACCUUAAGUUACAAUGUUUGUUCAUUUAUUGGAAUUUUCUACAUUAAUGUGAGAUAUAAAAUGUUGGAUUAAGCCUUGCAUGCUUGAAACUCUGAUCACUAUCAAGCUUCGCUCAGCAUCUUUGGUGAAUAAAUAGGCACAGGCACUGUGACAGUGCAUGGCUCUUAUGCCAUAGUGUCCCACAGCUACACAAGACUUACAGAGUUACAGAACUUGUAUGUAUGUUUCAUGGGGUUGUAGCAUUGGAAUCACUGGAUAGGAGUGAAAAUGGUUACUAAAAAGUAUCAACAAGGAUUUGCAAGCAAGCCUCAAUGGUCAACAUAUUGAUGACAGCACAAAUUCAUUUCUUUACUUGCUCAACAUCCCAUGAAGCUCCAUCAACUUUGAGAGGAUUGCACUACAUUGCAUUUCUCAGACCAAGAAUAUAGCCAUCAGAUGUCAUUUCUGUGUUACUUGUUAAUUUUCUUAAAGUCACUGUGUUCCAUUCUACAGGUCAACAGUUAAUUUUGUUACCUAACAAAACCUUUGAAUGCAUUGUUUCCCGCCACUGUAUCAGAUGUCAAUGAGGUCUUGUUAUGAAACUGUUUUGAUGUCCUUCUUAAAAGGAUUUCUGCCUUGUUUUUCCAAAUGGAUUGUUUGCCCAGGAUUUGUAAAUCUGCGAAAAGGGAAUUGAAGUGGCAAGCAGCUUUUCACUCAUGAGUUACAAGUUUAUUUAUUUACAAGUUAAACAUUUUUGCUCCAGAGUCCUUUAAGUGUCUGAAAAUUUGUUUUUCCCCUGUUAUACAAGCACUUAUAAAAGGGAUUACUCGCUCUGAUAAUAAAUUGGAAAAGGAAAUGUUUCUGAAAGGAUUGGUGGGAAUUAUGGAAGGGAGUAAGUGCUGCAACUCUAGUGGCUUCAUGGAACUGUACUGUGGGAAGUGAAUGAUGGAGAUGGAAGAACAGUCGAGGGAGUUGAAGAGAAGGUGUGGACUGGGGUAACUUCAUCUGUGCUUUACUUUGGAGGGGAGGUGGUGAAGGGUACAGGAAACAAAGAUGAAAUGCUGUCGAAAGCUCCAUCUACCACUGUGAAGAGAAACCAAGGUUAAGAAAUGAUCUCUGUUUUCUUUUAAUUAAAGUACACUAACUGGGGUUUUGAUAUCCACAAUAUAGGGCACUAAUCAAUUAAAGCGAUAGGUACCCUCCCACCCAUACCUCCCGUCCCACCUCCUCUAAGGUCCACAUUACAUUCUCCCAGUUCUGCUCUCUCUAUGAUAUGAUGACAAGACUCUCUGCACAGCUACAUCUGAGAUAUCUCUCAUUUUACUUAAACUUGACCUCCCUUCCACCAUAAUGGAGGACACUUUAUCUUUUUUCCUGUCGCUCUCAUCCCCUCCAAAUAGAGUAAGGACAGAGUUACCCCAGUCCUCACCUUCCCCUUGUGUCUUCCUAGUUUGUUCUUCGAUCGCCAUCAUUCACUCCUCAUGCUACUUCCCUAGGAAAUGCAACAGGUGCUCCUUUAUGUUGUUCUUCCCCACCAUUUAGAAACCUAGUGAAGCGCUGGUUCAAUAACCCUUCACCCAAUCAAGGGCAAUUAGGGUUCAAGAUGCCCCUCCUCUGCAUUGCAGAAUCCAAGUGCAGAUUGGGUGAAUGCAGAACACCUCCAUUUAGUCCACAGAGGCAGUCCUGAGCUUCAAAUUGGCUCCAACUUUAACGUUGAGGAACAUCUUCCAGCCAGACACGUUUCAGCCUUUAGGAACAAAUAAUCAGUUUAAUAAUUUCUGGUAAAUUUCUUUCACUGUUUGUACUUGAAGUGACCAUCUUUGCCCUAGGGUGGUUCGCCUGCAAUAUUCUCUCUCCACAAACACUAACUGGUCUGCAUUUCCUUUUUGCUUUCUGGUUCCAGCAACAUCUGUAACAUAUAUUUUAAAUCUUCAACGUGCCCCCCCCCCCAUUUGCAUCUUUUCUCUGCAACUGUCCUUGUGAAUUUGCCAACCAGAUUGUUCUAUAAACAUUGGAACCACCAUGGCCACAUGUUAACCGAGAAAUUCUAUCAAUUCCUUCCUCCAUGUUUUCUGCACUUGAAUAACUCACUUCCCACAAUUCCAAAAACAGCCUUUAGCCUGAAACAUUAAUUUAGUGUUUCUUUCCAUAGAUGCUGCCUGACUGCCUGAAAGUCUACAGCAUUUUUUUUUACACUUCAGAUUUUCAACAUCUGCAUUUUUGUUUGCUUUUCGAUUAUUGAUUCUAACAUCUGCUUGCAGGAAACUGAAUCGGAAGGGAGUGGGGGGGGGGUGUUGAAUCGUGAAGCAAUUAAUUAAAAUGAGGGCCAUCACCUGAAACCUGCCCCAUCCCAAUAUAAACAGUCAGGUACAAGCAACUGAACAGGGUAUAAAAAGCAAAGCAAGUGAGCCUUGGGUUUCUCCAGAUCAUGUACCAUGCAAUGGCAUAGGAUUUGAGGGAACCUAAGCCAUUCCUAUCGUGUCGGGCAUUGGUGGUAUUGUGCUUCUCUCUCAGCAGCUGCUAGGAAGUUCCUCACUCCUGUUCACUGUUGGAAUGUUCCAAAUUACAAAACAUGAAAAAAAAAGUGGUUUCGAUGUAAGAGUUGUGAUGUGGCCACAAACUUAGCAAUGCAAGUUGCACUGCACAUGACCACCAGGGCAUCUCCAGUGCUGCAAAAUCAAUUUCUAGAGUUCGAGGACUUAGUCUCAGGGAAGGACAGCCAUUUUGUACUGGAAUACUAGGAAUUCUCUUUAUUAAGAGAGUUGGUAAUCUUAGGAAUUCACUCCCUCCCCAUCACUUCAGAAAGCUGUGGAUGCUGAAAAGUUGAUAUCUUUGGAUUGCUGAGGGGAUCAAGAGGUAUGGUGACAAAUUGGAAGAUGGACAAGGUAUUAAGGUCAGCCACUUUCUCAUUCAAAGUUAGACUAGGCUUGAGGGGGAGAAGGAUCUGCUUCUGUUUCUUAUUAUAGAAGCUGGCUGAUAAGAGAGAAGUGACCUUUUACCUUUCUUAGCAGAUUCGACCUGUGAAGAUGAAACCAGAUUGAUAGAAGUCCCAAAUCCCAAUAUUUAAAGGAAUAGCUUUAAAUGUCCCAUUGGUCUGUCUAUAGAGUGAGCCUGUGCUGAAAUAUGUUGGACUAACGUUUUAACAUCAGAAAUGUAUGGCAACAAAAGGAGCAUGAGCUGUUUUGGUUUAUCGUGAAAUGUACACUUUUAAACAAAAACACACAAUCAAUAAACUAUAAACAAGUUCUGCAGAUGUUGGAAAUCCAAAGCUGCACACACAAAAUGCUGGAGAAACUCAACAAGUCAGGCAGCAUCCAUGGAAACUAUAAACUAUGAUGUAAGCAGAAUGCUGAUGAUGCUAUGGAUAAAUCUUUCUUCAGAAGGAUACUUAAUGACAGGCAUUCUGUGAGUACCAUUCGAUGUCAUUCAUAUAACUUGAACUGCUUUGCACAAAGUGAGCUGUUUUAUAUAUCUGAUUGCUUUAUUUUUCAUGAAAAGCGUGGUAGCUAUUGUCAUACAGGCAAACGCAUCAGCAGCAACGUCACUGCUAAUUUCGUGAUAUUCUGUUAGUGGAAGUGGAAAUAUAUUACUUCCACAAUGCAGAAAAGAAACACUUGGCAUUGUACAUUUCUUUUCUUUAAAUUAUUUAUUAGGGGAAAUUUGAAUCUUGUACGGCUGUGGAAUUGCUAACUGUAAAACCUGUAGCAACCUAUUGUAAAAAUUAUAGUGUGGAUAAUUUGCUCUCAUCCUUUUUACAAUCUUUUUCAAUAAUUCAGUAUUCACAAGAGUAACCAAAUGUUUGAAAUGCAUGUUGUAAUGAAUGAUUGUGAAAUUUAUAAUGAAUGAAACAUUUGUACAACAAUAAAAGGGAAUUUUAUUUUUAAUAUUAUUGCAGAUGAUCUAAUUAAACUUUUAUCAUCAUCGUCCUUCA